AUGGCGACGAGACAACGCGCUCUGCGAGCUUUACAGAAUUCAAGAUCAAGGCAUAUUCUGGCCCUAGUACCGGAAGAGAACGCUCCUUCUGAAAUUAGCGGGGAAUCGAGUUCUGAAAAUGAAAAGGAAGCAGAAGUGAUUAGACACUACGAACGUCACGACUCAGAGUCGUCUGAAGCUCCUUCAAUUACAUCUUCUCUGGCGGAACUUAACCUUUUGGAUUCCUCUGAUGAUGAGCAAAAUCCUAAUGAAUCUGCCUCACUUCUUGUGGAUUUUAAUCCUGAAGAAACAAAUCACGCUGAACAGCAACAACCUUUCAAUGACGUACCAUCUAUUAGUUCGUUGCCAACAUUGUCUCCUAUGUCAAACAUACCGUCUAUUACUCCGUCAUUCAUCAUUAAUCAGACGACAGGCCGGUCAAUAAAUUUAACUGUUGAAGAGUUACGAAGCUUCUUAGCUAUACAAAUUAUAAUGGGUGUAGUAUCUAUGCCAUCUUACUUAGAUUAUUGGUGUACCAAUACGCGCUAUCCAUUAGUCGCAGAUAUAAUGCCACUGAAGCGGUAUCAAGUUAUCCGAAGAUAUCUACACUUCGUGGAUAAUAAUGAGGCAAAUAGUGACCCAUACUUUAAAAUAAGGCCAGUUAUGGAAAAAAUUCGUCAAAACUGCCUAAAAAUUGAAGAAGAGUCCAGAUUCAGCAUUGAUGAAAUGGUUAUUCCAUACAAGGGCACCAAAGCAGGCAAGAAGCGUCAGUAUAAUCCCCGCAAGCCACGGAAAUGGGGUUUCAAAAACUUGGUUCGGGCUGGAGCGUCCGGGAUAAUAUACGACUUUUUUUUAUAUGCUGGUAAUGAUACAUUUGAAGAGUCUAAUUUUACAGCAGAGGAAGAAGGAAACUGUUGA